AUGUCAUCCAAUAUAGAUGUCCGGUUUUCCGGCACUGGCAAUGAGAAGCAGUUUAUCAGACAAUUACAUGAAAAAGAUGCGUCCACCAUUAGAUUCAUCGACCACAACAAGGAUUAUUUCACAUGUUUGGAAUCUGAUGCUGAGUUAAUUGCAGAUGAAAUUUACAAAACAAGAUCAGUCAUCAAGACUUCUGAUAAAACAAAGUAUGUCACGAUUUCACCACAAGUUUUUCAGAAUGUUUUGAAAUUUUGUUUAUUGGAGAAGCAAUUUAGGGUGGAGAUUUACCACAAUAGAACUUAUCAGUUGUUGGUUAGUGGUACUGCUGGUAAUCUCGAAAGCAUAAGCAAAGAGUAUGGUAUAAAUUUUGAGUUUCAUGAUUGUUCCAACUCUUCUAUUGCUGCAAUCAAGAUACACGGAAAUUCUGUUGGUGUUUGUAUUAUUGAAGACAACAAGGUAGAUCUUUGUGAAUUUGAAGACAAUGAGUUGUAUUCCAAUUUAGAAGGGUUAUUGUUGCAAUUUGGUAUAAAAGAAGUUGUUUUGCCUAAUUUGUCUGACAAGAAACUUUUGCAAGUGAUUAACAAGAUUAGCAACAUUGUUGUCAGUACAAUUUCGGCUUUCAAUACUAAAAAUAUUGAGCAAGAUUUGGUGAAGUUAUUAGAAGAAGACAACCUUCAAAUGGUGUUUUCAUCAAAAGGUAUGAAGUUGACAGAAUACUCACUUUCGUUAUCGUCUUGCAAUGCGCUAAUUGUUUACUUGGAAUUACUUGAAAAUGAUUCGAAAAACUUCACCAUCAAUAAGUAUGACCUAUCAGCUUAUAUGAGAUUGGAUUCUUCUACAAUCAAGGCAUUGAAUGUGUUUCCUGAGUUCAAGUCUACUUCGAUAAACUCCAUUUUUGAACUUCUCAACAAGUCCAAAACACCCGGGGGUUCCAGGUUGUUGUCCCAAUGGUUAAAGCAACCUUUAACCAACGUUGAUGCAAUUGAAGAGCGUCAAGCUUUGGUUCAAUUAUUAAUGGAGGACGCAAGUUUGAGAGUAGCCGUGCAAAACGUCUUGACACAAGUGCCCGAUAUCAAGAGAUUGUUGAAGAAAAUGUCAAUAUCAAUUGGCAAGAUUGGUAAUGAAAAUAAGAAAUUGGAGGACUUGGUCAGGUUGUACCAAUUGGUGUUAGUGUUGCCUGAAUUGGUUGACGUUUUGAAAGGUCGAGAUGACUUGGUUACCAAAUACUGGUUAGAUCCAAUAUCCAAGCAUCACCAAUUACUACUUAAAUUUCAAGAGCUUGUUGAAACGACCGUUGAUCUCAAAGGGUUGAAUGAUUUACAUUCCAAUUUUGACAUUAGACCCGAGUUCGAUGCUUCAUUGGUUUCAAUAAAUGAAAGAAAGCAAUCCUCACUCAAACAAAUUAAGCAAUUACAUUUGCAGAUUGCUGAUAAUUUGAAUAUGGAUCUGGAAAAAAAAUUAAAACUAGAGCAACAUCAGCAGCACGGAUAUUGUCUAAGACUCACUAGAAAUGAUUCAGUUGUGUUGCGUAAUAAUAAAAACUACAUUGAAUUGCAAACCGUCAAAGCUGGUGUUUAUUUCACCACUGCUCAAAUGAGAAAAUUGUCUCAAGUGUACGCCAAUUCAUGUGAUGAGUACAAUAUCAAACAACGGGAAUUAAUUAGGGAAGUGCUUUCAAUUUCAUUAACUUAUCAAGGGGUCUUUUCUGCAUUGAGCUUGGAUCUUUCUCACUUGGAUGUGAUUGCAAGUUUUGCCAAUGUAGCGUUACUUGCACCAACAACAUUCACCAAACCCAAAUUAAUCCCCAUGCAUGCAAAAGAAAGAAGAAUUAAACUUAACGAUUCGAGACACCCUUUGCUUGAAGUGCAAGAUGAUGUAGACUUUAUUCCAAAUGACGUGCUGAUGGGUGAUAAAUUUUUCAACAUUAUAACUGGACCAAACAUGGGAGGUAAGUCCACAUACUUAAAACAAAUCGCCACUACUGGACUAAUGGCUCAAGUUGGAUCAUUUAUCCCUGCAGAACCCGGUGCAGAGUUGCCGGUUUUUGAUGCCAUUUUAUCGCGUGUGGGUGCUGGUGAUUCACAAUUAAAAGGGUUGUCGACAUUUAUGAUUGAAAUGUUGGAGACGUCGUCGAUAUUGGCUACAGCCACGUCAAACUCAUUAUUGAUUAUUGACGAAUUGGGAAGGGGGACCUCGACUUAUGAUGGGUUUGGACUCGCCUGGUCGAUUCUGGAGCAUCUUAUUCAACACAAGAAAUGUUUUGCUCUAUUUGCCACCCAUUUCCAUGAGUUGAAUAAGUUAGCUGAAAAAUAUCCGAAUUCAGUUGAGAAUCUACACGUUGUUGCUUAUGUGGAAAACAAGGAUGACAUUACCUUGAUGUAUAAAAUUGAACCUGGUAUUUCCUCCAAAUCGUUUGGUAUAAAUGUGGCUGAAAUGGUAAAGUUCCCAACCAAGAUUAUCAAUAUGGCAAAAAGGAAAGCUGAUGAGCUACAGAAUAACGAAAAUUUGAAAAAGAGUCGUGUUGAAGUAAAGCAAGAAGUAGAGCAAUUAAAGUCGGUGUUGCGAAAGUGGAGAGAGGAGAACCAUCAUGAUGUACCAACAGCAAGUGAGAGUUUAAAACAGUUGCUAAAAAGUACAUCCAAUCAAUACAUUUCCGAAUUGAUACAAACUUUGUGA